AUGUCUACGAAUUCCCACAACUAUUUCGAUGUCCUCCUUACGAAAUCUGUGUAUGGCACAGUAACUGUAAUACUGAAAGGAGUUAUCCUCUGUCUCUCUGAUACAGAUUUAUAUAAGGAGAGAUACACACUUUACCGCUCCAGCACCGAUCACAGUGAACUUCACCUGGUUUGUUCUGGGAGUAAUGGUGAUGGCUAUUCCCGUGCUCAGUGGGCCUGGACACCUCAUCACCAUCAACAACACAAAGUAAUAGCAUCUGCAGAACGUUCUCAGCCCAUCAUCAUCAAUGUCAAUGGGACCAACUUCAGGAAUCGACUGGUGACCUCAGGGAAACUCUUCGAUGGCAAGGAUUUCAGUGUGAGGAUUGUCCCCGUUGUGUUUCAAGAUGCCGGAGUUUACAUCUGUUUUCUGGAAUCAAAUAUAUUUCCCACCAUUGAUCUAAUCACAGUGAAAGUCACAGCUGAACCGUCUGAUGCAGUGACUGAGGGAGACACCGUUACCCUGACCUGCUCUGUGUCUAACGUCACUGGGUCAAUGAGACUGGUUUGGAUCAAUGGCGAUGGCAAACGUGUUGGAGAAAAGACACUGACUGUGGAAGAGAAAUCACUGAGUCUGGUUAUUCAGAAAGCUGAGAGAGGCAGAGGGAACUGGAGAUGUGUUUUGUUUGAUCAAGACCUGCCCUGGCUUUUUGUCCCGUAUCAGAAGCCCAGUGGAUCAUUAGACAUUUCGUCCUUCACAGACAUUAGGAUCAUCACAGUUCUGGGCUACUUGGUGAUUAAACUGGCCGUUGCGCUUGGACUAAUUUGCUGCUCGUGGAGGAUGAACAGGGUGAGAAUUUCAUGAGCUUUUCAAUAUAUCAGAAACCAAUGGCGGGCUGUCUCUGACAUUGAACCGUCGCCUCGGCGCAGAGGGAGAACAAAGAGGGAAGAGCCAGAGACUUUAAGAUUUUGCCUUCCACCACAGUGAGGAGGUGUUUGGUGAACUCACUGUGGUGGAUGUUAAAUUUGUGUUGACUAUGUGUUUUGUCAUUUUCUUAAAUUAUAUGUAUGACUGCAGGGAAACAGAAUUUCGUUCAGACCGAAAGGUCUGAAUGACAAUAAACGAAUCUAAUCUAAUCUAAUCUAAUCUAAUCUAAUUGAGGAAAUGGCUGUUCACAGAACAUAUUAGUGAUGACAAUCUGUAUUUUAGUGUUUGGUAUCGAACAGUGCAGCAUAGAAAUAGUGUAUGGACGUGGCAUCA